AUGCUUGGGUGGGCCAUUAAAAAGGGCUUCCAAGGCGCGACCGGCCCAACAGACGCGGCUGUUGGGACAGACGAUACAGCUCAGUUUGAGGCUCCAGAUACCCCUGCACCAGUAUUUGCAGCGCGCGCUAUCAAGUAUGCCCUAUUCGGGACUCCAGUCCAGCCACGAGAUGUGCCCGUAGAAGCCAAACGCGCCGAACCCACAACGACGACCAAAACUACCGCCACCACGGACGCAACCUCCAAGGACAUAAAGUCGCCAAUGCGGCCAUCAGGCAUUCUGCUGACUCCUGGAACUGGAACGGUGCGUCGGAAACGUGUAUCUUUUGGUCAUGAUGUCAAAACCACGACUCAUGGCGAUCCGGAUGCGUUGGCAGCAGGCGCAGAUGGCACAGGUCAGACUCGCAAGAAGACAACACUCCAGCAAACUUUAGAGAACUCUCGCAGCACGAAGGCGAAGAAGCUCGCGCGUGGCUCCCAUGGUACGACUGAAGGGAAACGUCCAGCGAAGGACGAGGGCAGAGCUCGAGCCAGACUUGCUGAAUCGGACGAGGAGCAUUCUGAAGGCGAGUGGGAAGACGAAAUCUGCAACCACGACGUGACAUACUGGAAGUCUGAGUUCACGAAGUACUCCGAGGAUGCACGCAUCGAGAUGGCGAAGCUGAAAGACGCCGAGGCGCAAAAGAUAGUCAAGAUGGAGAAGAAGAUCUCGGAUCUGGCAGCACAGGUGGUUGACCAGCGAAAACGCGGCGUCGAUACGGACACCGCUUCUCUGAUGAAGAAACUGGCCGAAAAGACUGCGUUGGCCGUCGAAUACCGAGAGCAGGAGUUAUCCAAUGCGAACCACCGCCGUAUGGAUGCCUCGCCUCGAACUGAGCAGGCCAUUUACGACGCAAACCGAGAGCUUAAGAAAGUCAAGUCUGAGCUGAAAGAAAUGAAUAGCCUACGGCGGGAGGUGGAACGACUCAAGUCGGACUUGCUAUAUUCGCAACAACGAGCAACUAAACUAGGGGAGGAAAACAGGAGACUUGCCGAUGAGGCAUUUGAACCUUCCCGAGCCAAGAAAUUGGAAAAGCAACUGCGAGAGGCUAAGGACCAGUCGCAGCAGAAGGAUGACGAGCUCAAGAAGUUGAGGAAAGACUUUGAUACAUUUAAGGGCAAUGCGAAGGCAUCACAUAGCCAAGCCAUACAACUAGAAAAGGAGAUCAAGAAUUUCAAGGCGAGGGAUGACGCAGCCAGUCAACCAAGGAGUCUCAGUGCAAGCCUGAGGUCGGACAUCGAGUGCUUGAACAAGCCUACUAACGCCGCCAAAUUCGCGUCCAGGCAUCCGCCCAAGCGAUCGGCUUCAGUUGAGGAUUUUACUCUCGACAUGACCCAGCGAUCAUUUCUCAAUGACGACACUUAUCCGAGACCCAUGGAAACCGGGCUGUCACGCCGUUCUUCCAUCGAUUUCACUGACAGCAUGUUCGAUAUUGACGAGCAGCUAAAGCGAGAUAAGAAGCAGCAGAUGGAAUCCCUGAAGCGUGACCGAGAGCUGUUCACCGAUGAGUUCGAUUUUGGACGAACAGGCAAUCAGGCGAAAGAGGCUCCAUCACCGAAUCCUUCCCAACCAGCGCAUGGGUCUCGAAGGAGCGCAACAGAUGUCUUAUUCGACAAGUCAAACGUGUCAUCGCCUAAGGACUCGCAUCGGAGGAGAAAUGACCGCAUUACCUCCACCUCCAGUACGAAUAAAGAUGAUAUGAUGCACGGUGCUCUGGACAGGAUUACCUCUGGCAAGCCAUCGUCGAGGUUCAGCCGACCACUUUCCCCCACCAUAGAAGCACCAGGUAUCGAUCUUGUGCGAGACCGUUUUGCAAGACUUGGCGGUCUAGAUUUGAACAAUUCGGUCAUGACGGCAAAUACAUCCCGCUGCACUCUUCCUGCGGAACAUCUCGAAAAUGAAAUCGCGGAGCUAGAGGCCCGGCUGCGGACAGCCAAACAACGCCUCGCCUCCACAUUCCCUCAACGUGAACAAAAUGGCAACGCCAACUCAAACGCUCUCCUCACCCAACCACCGCCUGGCCUAUAUGCCCCUGAUUCCACCUCCUCACACCACUAUCUCCUCCUCCUCUCCGACUCCGCCCUCCCGCUAGGCUCCUUCGCCUUCAGCUCCGGCCUCGAAUCCUACCUAGCGCACAACAGGGGCGUUUCAUCCUUCUCUACUUUCUUGCUGCUCUCCCUCUCUUCAUACGCAUCCACCACCCUUCCCUUUGUACUGGCCGCGCAUCGCGAUCCCGUCGCUGUUGCGGAAUUGGACGAUCAGCUCGAUGCAGCUAUUAUCUGUACCGUUGGACGUCGGGCAAGUGUUGCGCAGGGGCGGGCGUUGUUGUCGAUUUGGGAGAGGUCGUUUGUGUUGAGGAAAUUUGCCCGGCGUUUGAGGUCUUCUUCCUCUUCUUCAGCGGCAACAAUUUCGAAGUCAUGGUCCUCGUCAAAUGCGGACACGGAUAUACCACCCGUAUCAGCCCACCUCGCCCCCCUCUUUGGCGCCAUCUCCAAAGUGCUAGGCUUGACGCUGCAGCAGACGGCGUACGUGUUCCUGCUGAGCCACGUCAAGGCGCUCAUCUCCGCCGCGGUGCGGGCGAGCGUGUUCGGACCGUACCAGGCGCAGAAGGUGUUGGCGGGGAUGGAGGUACAGGCCAUGAUCACGGCGUUGGUGGAGAGGGAGUGGGAGACUAGGAUCGAGGAGGCCGGGCAGAGCGUGCCGGUUAUGGAUUUGUGGAUUGGGAGGCAUGAGAUGCUUUAUUCGAGAAUUUUCAAUAGUUAG